CGUAAGAAAAGUGACAUAACGUUAACUCCAACUCGGAGGGGUCCACCGGUCAAGAAAGUCUUUAAAUAACAAGCAGUCUCGUUGUCUCUGUCUGUCGACUCAUUUAGAUAAAUCAUGAAUUCGUCAUAAGCCGAAAUCCCUAAUUAUGGAACUUGAAGCUAGUUGAGUCAGUUAGCUACGGGAUAGCUAGCUAGCUCGUUAACUGACAACUACCACCAUUCACGCGGUUUGGUAAUAUUCUUUUUUAAUUUUCUUUUUUUGCUAACCAACUAUAGCUGUAUUGCUUUUCGUGUUUUUAUUAGCUUGGCAACAAGCGACAUUUCGUAGCGAUGUCCCAUUUCCACUACGGACACGGACGGUUGCCACAUUUCACACAUCGGUAUUUGAACCAGUAGUGUGUGUGAGAGUUCCAUCAAUUCAAAACUUGUCGUUUAGGUUUUCUCAGAAAUUGGUGGUGUGUCAGGAAAAUCAAGAUGCUGAACGUCCCAUCGCAGUCGUUUCCUGCUCCCAGUUCGCAGCAGCGAGUGGCUCCGUCAGGGAGAAACAAAGUGUCACUGAAGCCAGGCCGCAGUCUGAUGGACUGGAUCCGCUUCAGCAAGAGCGGGAGAGACCUGACCGGGCUCAGGGGGCGGCUGAUCGAGGUCACGGAGGAGGAGCUAAGAAAACACAACACGCCGGCGGACUGCUGGACCUGCAUACGAGGCAUGGUGUAUAAUGUCAGCCCCUAUAUGGAGUAUCACCCUGGGGGUGAAGAUGAGCUCAUGAGGGCAGCUGGUACGGAUGGAACCGACCUGUUUGAUCAGGUCCACCGCUGGGUGAACUAUGAGUCCAUGCUCAAGGAGUGUCUGGUGGGGAGAAUGGCUGUCAAGGCCAGCACUUCUAUUAAAGCUCAGUUAAGUACUGACAAGCAGACCAGUCCUGUGAAUGGUCUACCCCCUGCUUUCCCCACCCUGGUCCUGAAGCCACCUUCCUCAGCAGCCCUGCCCAAGCCUCUGCCCCCGCCCACACCCAAAGACACCCGGCCCAGGUUCGACUGGUUCCAAACUGAGGCAAUGGUCAAUGUAGUGGUGUACACCAAACGGAAGAUCCCCAAUUCGGGCUGUGCAGUCGUUGACCUGCAGGGCGGCACUCUUCGGGUGGAGGUGGUCCUUGGAAAGCUUUCCUACCUUCUUCACCUCCGAUUAUCACAGGAAGUGGAAGAAUGUAUUGCCAUGCAGACGAUGAGCACGGUGGGCAAGGUGCAGGUGAGCCUACGGAAAGCCACCAGGGCCAAGUGGGACAGGCUGGGCGAGCCUCUGCAGUCCCAUGAUUCCUUUCUGCGGAGGAAAGAUCGGGGGGUCUUCUACAGGGAGUGCACACUGGCGUCUAAAAUGGACGUCACACACGACACUCGGCUGUUCGGCUUGCGGCUGCCCCAUGGGACGCACAUGCAGGUGCCGGUAGGAAGGCACGUCUACCUCAGGGCUCCCAUCCAAGGCAGCGAGGUUGUGAAGCCCUACACUCCAGUGGACAGCACACUGAUGUCCCAGUCCCUGGCCAGCACAGAGCGAGAGCACGCCAACGUCUUCCUCAUGAUAAAGAUCUACCCUGACGGAGCUCUCACGCCUCACCUCGACGCCCUGAACAUCGGUGAUUCUCUGUCCAUCAGUGGUCCGGAGGGUCCCUUCACUUCUCGGCUCCUGUGUGAGGUGACUCACCUGUUUCUGCUGGCAGCUGGCACUGGCUUCACCCCCAUGGCCAGACUCAUUCGACUAUCCUUGCUGGACCUGGCUCCUCUCCGAAAAGCCAAACUGCUGUUUUUCAACCGGAAAGAGAGGGACAUCCUAUGGCGCUCUGAGUUGGACACACUGGCAGGUCGAGAGGAGAGGUUUGAGGUGGAGUACGUCCUCUCGGAGCCAUCUGACGGGUGGAGUGGGCAUCGAGGCCGGAUCGAGGCGACUAUGCUGUCAGACUUCCUUAGCAGUCCAGAGGGAUCCAAGCGUCUGGUGUGUGUUUGUGGGCCCGCUGCCUUCACAGUGCUGGCACAGGGGAUGGUGUGUGAGCUCGGCUUCAGUGAAGAGGAGAUCCACGCUUUUCAAGGAUGAGCCAGGACCUCACACCGCAGAAACCUCAGAUCCUUGACACCCAGAGGACCUCUUUGUGCGUGUGUGUACACAUUAUGCAGAUGUGUAUGUAUGUGCACACGGUUGUGAAUGUAUUUUUUACAUGCGUGCUUGAUCAGUUGUGUGUGUGUGCAUGCAAACCCUCUCACUAUGCACUGUGAACAUCAGUGUACUCUUCCAGGAGAGAGAGAGUGAUAGAGAGAUAGAGAGGGAAAGAGAACGAACAGAGAAGUAUUAGUUCACUACAUACAUUUAUAUACACUCAGGUAAAUUUUAUUGAAGUUGCAAGUCGGGACACCAUCCAUCAGCUGAGUGUGCUAGCCUGCUGUCACUUCCAAAGUGCAGGGACCAUCUACAGUAUGUACAAUCAGUGUAUGAACUUCAGCUUUAUUAAUUUAGUUAUUCAGCAAAUCUCUCUCCUAUCCUUACUCUGUUAAGCAAUGCGUGUCACUGAAGUGCUGCUGAGGUCAUUAGUUGGCAGUAUGUUGUCGGCUUAUAAAUGUAUUUUGACUAAGAAGGUACAAAAAUUACAAUGCAUCCUAAGAAGUGUCUAGCAGAAACAACGGUUUUUAACAGUUUUUGCUUUUCCAACAAUAUGUGGAGGCUUGCAAAGAAUUUCAAUUUGCCAUUUAGUUUAAUUUAUCGUUCAUCGGUACACAGAACGGACCUGCACUUUCCAGAAACGGAGCACUCUCUGAGAGAGCGCGGUCAAGGGCACAUAACAGGGCUGUGCUCCAAGACUGUGCUUUCUGUGCAUAUUCAGAGCACUCACCAGUUUAAAAUGCCCUCGAUUGAUUAAAGGCUGAUUGAGUAAAGGCUUGUAAAUCUGGCCUGAAAUUUGUUUCUGAAUGCCUGCCCCCCCUUUGAAAGGGCCUUAAAUGGUAUCCUUGAAUUCAGGGAGUGCUACUUGAGCAGCCGUAGACUUCAAUGUCAUCAAAGAGGCACACCUGCCCAAAGUCAUUUUUAUUGAGGUUUUUUAAGCUUUAAAGCUUCUGUGAACCCCGCAAAUCUUGAGACUCCUAACAUUAACCCAAAAAACUGGCCCUUUUUCACGUCGCCACGUGCGGUACACGGGCACAGAGCUUGCUGUCAUAUCAUUGGAUGGAUCUCCUGCUGUGUGGCACAUAACUGGACUGAUGAAAGGAUGAGAAAUACAGAACACAGAUGAAUUUCAGUGUCACUGCUGGUAUUUAAAGGUGUAAUAAUAUAGAGGAGCCUUCAUGUCUGUAAUUGUUCAUUAUAACUUUUGAAACCAAUAAAAUACCAGAAAAUGAUCAUGGUCAAAUGCAGGGCUUAUAUAUGAUUAUUAAAUAUUUUGUUAUCACAUGUUUAUAAAAGAGAUGUUGGUAUCAUGUAGCCUUUGUGGGGUGCUGCUCGUAAGGAGUACUGUGCAAGUCAACGGUUAUUUAUUUGUUUUAUUUUUUUGUAGUUGACUUGCAGGAGUAUAUUGUGAAAAUUUGAGUUGUUGCUCUCACUUUUAUCUUUUUACUAGGAUGUGAGCUGUUUGUACAGGAGAGCUUUCACUGUAUUUUCACUGUAGCCAAGCCCCAGAAACAAUUUGUGUCAACAUUGAAAAUAUGGGCAAAAUAGAUGGCCAAAAUAUGAGCGUUGAGACAGCUCUAUUCGAUGUAGAUUUUUCUUCAUUUUAACUGAAGACUGAAAGACAGUAAUGUAACAGAAACAGAAGGAAAUGAGUAAAAUAUUUGUAUUGCUGCCACUGAAUAACAGAAGCACUUGUCACUGGUUUACAAAGCAACUGAAACAGCUUUGUAAUAUUGCACAGCCAUUGUCAUUACUUGUAGAGCUCUGCAUCAAAAGGAAACAGGAUAUUGAUAGCCUUCGGUCUACAAAUUGAACGUUAAUAAAGUUACGCAUGUGUGAGAUAAUUCUUUGGUUAAAAUAACUGUUAAUUUCCAUCUGUCAACUACUGCCAUUUUUAAACCUGGUGCUUUGUUUUGAAUGCAGAAGAGAUUGCAUGUGGUUGAACAGCGCUUUGGAUCAGCAGUAUGGGGAAAUUAUUUGUAAAAAGAGGCCACAGGCCUAGAGUUGCUGUUAAGUGGUAUUUUUUUACUGAAAUUACUUCAGUACAUGUGCUGUUGUAGAAAAGUUGAUCGUGUGAAAUGUAUGCAAUGCAAAUUUGCCUUGAAUAAUGGUGUGUCUGCUAAUAAAUACUGGAGUCAAAUGUUGGUAUUUUAUCAAGUUAGUGUCUUUUGUAAUAAAUAAUUAAUAAUAAUCUAUCAAA